GCCGGCGGCAGCCAAUGGCGGCGCGGGCCGGCGCGGCGGGAAGCGGCGGCCCGCGGUGAUGGCGGGCGCGGGCGGGAGGAGCUGGCGGGACCUGCUCGCAGGGAGAGCCAGGAAGAGGAGAAGCCCGUUCGGGAGCGGAGCGGAGCUCCAGGGAGCGGCUCUGCGGCUGCUGGACCAGCACCAGAACCUGGCUGACCUCCUCCUGGAGGUAGGAGAUUCAGCCCAGCCAGAUGUGCAGGAUGGGGCAGAGCACCAGGGAGUGUCACCAGAGUCAUUUAUAGUGUCUGUUCUGCAGGAGCAGGCCUCAAAGCUGGGUGUGCCCACAGCAACCUUGGCAGCCAAAAAUGCCAUUGCCAACGUGGAGCGGAUCUGCCAGGAUUCUGCCAGCCCCUCGAGGGUCCCGCUGCUGAACUCUGACCAGAGAAAGAGGUUGACCUGCUUGCUUCAGACUGUGAAGGGUUUGCUGGCAAACAACAUGUUCUGUCGCUCCCUCUUCUGCCAGGAAAUGUGGAAAAUGAAGGAGCCCCUGGUGCUGGAGGCCGUGUGGCACCUGCACAGCAGUGACAUCGUGGGCCUGGCAGAGCUGCUGGAGAGGAGCCCAGCAGGCCCAGCAGCAGUGGAGUGGCUCUGCAGCAGCCUCUGUGGCCUCUGUGAGCAGGCUGGGGACACCUCCUGUGGGGACACGGAGCUGGCACAGAGAAUUCUCUCAGACUUUGCCAUCGUGUUUCUUCAGCAUGGCUUUGAGCAGGCUUCAGAGCUGGGGAGGAAGGUGGAACUCCAGAAGGUUGCCUACAUCUGCCGUGCUGUCUUACAGAGAAUGCUGGCAUGGGUGCUUGAUGCUGUUGGUAAGGAGAAGCAGGAAGAUGUUUCCAUGGUGCAAGCUGUGAGGUUCUGGCUCAAUGUGUUCAGCGUGCCCCUUUAUGGGAGCGUGGCUCACCCGGAUUCCUUGAGGCAGUUUUUCAGACACACCCUCACCGAGGUUCUCACCUACAACCCCGUGCUGAAAGUGUCUGAUGCCAUCCAGAUGCAGAAGGAGUGGAGCUUUACCAGGACUUCUCCCCUGCUCACGGCUCUGUAUCGCAAGCUGUUGGUGGCAUUCAGUGUGAAGGAAUCCAUCUGCCAGCUGCAGCAAGUCCUGGAGACCCACGAGGUGAACUGGCAGCACGUGCUGUCCUGCGUGUCCACGCUGGUGGUGUGCCAGGCUGAGGCUGAGCAGCUCUUCAGGGAUCUACUGAGCCAUCUCCUGCUAAAGGCCUUUGGGAAUUAUGACAUGGAAAAUAUGAUCACUGCGUUCCUGAUCGCUCGUCAGGCUGCUCUGGAGGGCCCUGCUGUCUUCAUGCCCUACUCUGAGUGGUUUAAGGCUUCCUUUGGGAAUGCUGGUGGCCACCACGGGAGCAGUAAGAAAUCUCUGGUCUUCCUCUUGGAGUUCCUGUCAGAGCUGGUGCCCUUUGAAGCUGCUCCAUACCUGAAGGUGCACAUCAUGUUCCCACCCUUUGUGGCCGCCAAGCACCGCUCCCUGCUCCUGGAGUACAUCACCCUGGCCAAAACCCGCCUGGCCGACCUCAAGGUGGCCAUAGAGGACAUGGGGCUCUAUGAAGACCUCUCUGCCCCCGAGGAGGCCGUGCAGCCCCAGGCCCAGGCACUCCGUGAUGUUGAAAAGGCCCUUCAGAUAUUUGAGAACACCAGGAAGAUCCCAACCUCUGUCAUAGAGGCCAGCAUUUUCAGACGACCAUAUUACACUUCCUGGUUCCUUCCAGCUCUGCUGAGGCCCCGUGUGCUCCCUAAAACCCCAGAUGGCCGCAUGGCUUUGAUAGACUCCUUGAAGAGAGCUGACAAAAUACCUUCAAACCUGUACUUCACAUAUCUGCAAGCCUGUCAUGCUAUGAAAGAGAAGGUGUUACAAGGUGACUCCACAGCAGAGCCCAGCCAUUCCAAAGAGCCUUUGGAACAGCUGAAGGCUGAACUGGCUGAGCUCAGGACUCUGGUUGUGGAGCAGGCUCAGGGGGAAGAGGUGGCAGCUCAGCUGGCCGAGGUUUCAGCGAGGCUCGGGGCUGUGCUGGGUGCCAGCAGCCAGGAGGGCGAGGCUGCUCCCACCUGCUCCCCGGUCCGGGUGGCUGUCGCUGCCCCCGGGCUGGCACCGUGCCACCGCAGCGUUGUUGAUCUUCUGCUGACAUCAUUCUGCCAAACCCUGCUGGCUGCUUCCUCUUUCAACCCCCCUGACAGGCAGGGCCCGUGCCUCUCCCUGCUGGUGAAGAUGAUGUGUGGACACAGGAAUCUCCUGCCUGCACUCCUGGGCAGGCUCUGCCAGCUCAUUUAUCACCAGGGUCCUUCCCUCGGUGCUGCUCAUAUUUUAGGACUGGCAGCUUUUGUGAUCCACUUAAGUGAAUGCAGAGCUUUAAUUCCUGGAGUGGAAGCCGAUUUUGGGGCCUCUCAGGCUGUUCCUGGAAAGGCCCUUUCUGUUUCAGAGUACUGGAGCUCCUUGCUGGUGUGCAGGACACAAGAGUCAUUUGCCUUCUGCUUGAGGCUUUGCACUGCAGCAGCAGCUUACCUGAUGUGCAAGUUUUCAUCCUGCUCUCAUGAAGAUUUCUGUGCCUUGAUUCCUCCCGGCCUGAUUAAAAAGCCCCUCCUGUUUUUAUUCCAGCUGCAGCACCUGGUGCCACGGCUGAGCUUGGAGGCUCGGGGAGUCCUGUGUGAGGAGGCCAAAGGUGCCCUGAGCUGGAGUUCCCUGUGCUGCCCCUCUCUGAACUACAGGAGAGCCAGCCUGUGCUUAUGGAGGCAAGCAGGCUUCCAGGAGCUCUUGAAGGAAAAGGCAUUCCAGCUGUCUUUCAGAGAGUGGCUGCUGAUGGAGCUGGAGGUGUGCCCUGAGCAGGACAUUCUCUCUGCCUCAGAGAGACAGGAUUUCCAUUACUGGGCCAUCUAUCAGAGGUACCUUCCUGCACCUUCUGCUGCUGGUGGCUGUGAUGGAGGCCUGGAGAAGGCGUGUGGAGUCAUCCUCAAUGCCAUCCUGGAUUCCUCCCAGAGGCUGGACCUGGGUGCCUGUGGCCACUCGAAGACAUCGGUCAGCCCCGAGAUCCUCUGCAGGCUGCAGGAGCUGGUGCUGGAGCUGAGGUGCAGGCCAAAGCUGCUGCCAGGCUGCUCAGCUGCCCAGAGACACUUCCUGUUUGAGAUCCUCCAGGGGAGGCUGACAGGCAGCCAGCAGGGAUCUGCUCUGGGACAGCAGCUGUGGAGGCAGCAGGAGCUGCUGCUGCACAGGAGGAUUCUGGUCGGGCUCCCUGCAUCCACCCUGAUCACCACGUGCUGGAAAGGGAACAAAGCAGUGCUGGACUGUGACAGCUUCUUUUGCUUUGUGAACUCUGAGCUGAAGAACGCCAGUUCCCGGGGCUACGCGCUCUCCUACGACAUCACCGCUCACUUCUUCAGGGGCCUGCUGAGUGCCAGCCUGGACUGCGAGGAUGCAGCAGGAGGGGUCAACGAGGCUCUGGCCACCUGUCAAACCCAGUGUCCCGUGGUGCUCCUCUCUGCAGCGCUGUGGUGGCCGAGGCUGGAGCCAGUGCUUUGCUCCCAGUGGAAGAGACUCUUUGGGGCUCCCCUGCCAGAGGAGCUGGACAGGCUGAGGGGCUGGCACGGCUCAGGUACCAGGUUCCUUUGCUCAGGAGCAGCUCUCCCUGUCUCUGACCCCCCUUGGCUCUCAGCUGCCUUCCUGCACGGGGCCAUCCUGCAGCAGUCCCCACGAGGACGAGGCACAGAGGCACUGCAGAGGCUGGGCACUGGCACAGAGCAGCUCCUGGUUGCUCUGCUGUUCUUCUCACUCCUGGAUCUCAUCUCAGCCAGAAUAGCACCAAAGGAAGGAGUGGAUUUCCAGACGUCUCUGGGAUGGUCCCUGCAGAUCCUGCAGUGCCUGGAAGGGAGGGGCACAUCCUGGCCACUGCUCUUCCAGUCAGCAGAGGGAGGGCCUGGAGGGUGCCGUGUCCUGCGCAGCGCGGCCUCGCAGCGCCACACCCGCCUCCUGCCCCUGGCCUUCUACAGCCUCAGCCCCAGCUUCCACCAGGAGCUGCUCCAGCAGGAGCCCACCUUCCUCAGCGUGGCACUGCACAUGUACAUCCAGCUGCUCCAGCUCUUUGUGGAAGGGCAAGUCCUGCCACAGCCUGAUCAAGACCCCACAGAGCACGAUCCCUUGGAGCUGAUCUCUGCAGCCCGGCAGUUCCUGCUGGGAGCCAUCCCACACUGCCCUGCCCAGAGCCUUGGCAACAUCCAGCCGCUCCUCAGCACCUGUGAGGAACUCGACCCGGAGCUGGGAGCCACCCUUGUGCACUUCUCUCGGCCUGCUGUGGACGUGGAGCUGGAGGAAGAGCUGGAACUCUUCUGAGGAAUGGACUCAGCCCAGCUCCCCACUUACACCUAGCACAAGGAGCCACCUUUCUCACCUGGGCCAUUUUUUUUCAAAUUACUUUGUAAAUAAUUUAUUACAAGCAUAACCAUGAAGCUCUUGUUACAAUAAAAAGUAGGUUACAAAUUUUCAGUUUA